AUGUCCGCACCACCCACCACUGACAGGAAACGCAAACCCUCCACCACAAUCCCCGACAUCACCAUUACCCCCGCGUCCAAGCACCCCAAACUCACUCCCCCCACCACAACCACCACCCCAACCACCACCGCAAUGUCCGCCCCAACCCCCAUGGUCCUCGCCGCCCAACGCCGCGCCCAGCUCCAGCAGCUCCUCAACGCCCAGGUCAACAUGACCGAGGAGACAAAGCAGAAAUACAUGACGGGCCUCGACAACCUGCGCAUGGUCGUCGAAGCCAAGAACGGUACCGUCGAAGCCCAGGCCGCCCAAGCCCGCUACGACACCAUUGUCAACAAGCUCCGCAACGCCGUCCGCGCGCAGCAACAAGCCGCGCAGCAGCAGGCCGCCGCCCAACAGCAAGCCGCUCAGCAGCAGCAGCAGCAGCAGCAGCAACAGCAACAGCAACAGCAGCAGCAGCAAAACAACUUCCAGCCCCAACAGCAGGGCGGCAUCGCCAACGCCGCCGCCGCCGCCGGCCAAACCACGCUCGCCAACAUCAUGGGCCCCAACGCGCGCUCGACGUGGAUCCCCCCGCCUGGUGUCAAACCCACCGAGGCGGACCACUGGCGCACCGAGAUCCAGACAAAGCUCACGCAGGUGGCGCACAAGAUGAAUGCGGCGCGCAACCAGAUCCAGCUGUUCACGCAACAGUCGCAGCAGCCCGGUGUGACGCCCGAGCAGCAGCGCGAGUUCCAGGUGCGCAUCGCUGAGAACACGCAGCACUUUCAGCACUUUAAGGACGUCAUCAACAAGUUUGGGCAGCAGCAGAAGAUGCUGGCCGAGCAGAAGCUGCACCAGCAGCAGCAGCAGCAGCAGGCGCAACUACAGCAGCAGCAGCAGCAGAUGUUGUUGCAGCAGCAGCGGGCGGCGGCGGCGGGACAGCAGCAGGGACAGGGUCAGGGACAGGUUCAGGGACAGCAAGGGCAGCAGGGCCAGAUGGCCAUGCAGAAACCCGUUCAGCAAGGCGUGGUCCCGGAGGCGCAUACCGUGAAUCAGCAACAGCAACAGCAGCAGGCGGCGGCGAUGGCGCAACAACAGCAGCAGCAGCAGCAGGCAAACAUUGCAAACAACAUCCAGCAGAACCCGCAGAACCAUCAUCCCCAGCAGCAGCAGCAGCAGAACCCCGGUGGUGCAGUGGCAGCAGCCAAUUCCCAGCAGCAGCAGCACAUUGUGCCUCCCGCCGCAAGAGCCGACUCUCCCCCAGGCCCGGCCGGUGCCAAUCGAGCCACCAUGUCCCCCGCAGCCCAGCAGCAGCCACCUCUCCAGCAGCAGCAACAAGCAGCAGCAGCAGCAGCAGCAGCAGCCGGCCAACACCUUCCCCAACAGGCACAAGCCCAAACCGUUGUCCGCCCCCCAAUCCCACAGCCCGCCACUGCGCAACAACAACAGCAGCAACAGCAACCGCCCCCCUCGCAACAGCAACGCGCAUCCGUCCCCCCAGCCCAAUCCAGCACACAACCCAACUCCCCCGCGCCCCGCGCCGGCUCCGUCCAACCCGCCCGCCCCCCCACCGCCGCCGGCACCCCCGUCUCUGCAACCUCCCAACAGCAACAACAACCACAACAACCACAACAACCACAACAACAACAACCAUCGCAGCAGCAACAACAACAGCAGCAACAGCGUCUCCAGCCCGCAUCCUCCGCAUCGACUGCCUCCCCCACAGUAGCAGCGCCACACCCAUCCCUCACCCCGCGCAGCGACGCCGCCCUCCCCACGCGCGCCGGAACCGGACAGGGCCCCCACCCGAACAUUCCAAAGAGCCUUGCUGUCGUGCCGCCGCAGCCUGUUGUCAUGCCGCCUGCUCGACCCACGCUCUCGGGCGGGAUGAACUCGUCCGGGAAUCAGAUGAUGAGUACGCCUGCGCUCAUUAAGCAGCCGGCUUUCGAGUUUGAUGAGGGCGGAAUGGGCCUGCUGAGCAAGAGGAAGCUGGAGGAGUUGGUCAAGCAGAUUGAUCCUGAGGAGAAGCUGGAUCCGGAUGUGGAGGAGUCCAUCCUCGAGCUCGUCGACGAGUUCAUCGACAACAUCGCCACGACGGCCUGCAAGAUGGCCAAGCUGCGCGGCUCCGACAUGCUCGACAUCAAGGACAUCCAGAUCAUCCUCGAGCGCAACUGGAACAUCCGCAUCCCCGGCUACGCCGCCGACGACAUCCGCACCGUCCGCAAGUUCAACCCGGCCCCCGGAUACCACCAGAAGAUAGCCGCGCUGGCUGCGCAGAAGUCGCUCAAUCAGACGGCGGGGAAGGGGGGUGAUUAG